AUGGAUGUGCCGGAGGAGACGAGGCUUCGCCACAAGCGAGAUUUCAUCCAGUUCCUCGAAAAUAUUUACAUGGAUGAGAUAAAGGCGUUGGUACAGCAAAAGCGUCACCGUCUCAUUGUAAAUGUCUCUGACAUUCAUAACUCCUUCCCUGGAUCUGCCCUUAGGAUACUGAAGACUCCAAUUGAGUACAUGCAGUCAUUUUGUGACGCAGCCACUGAAGCUACACGCAACAUUGACCCAAAAUACUUGAAGGAAGGAGAGCAAAUCCUUGUUGGAUUCGAAGGUCAUUUCGUCUCUCGCCGUGUCACUCCUAGAGAGCUUCUCUCAGAGUUUAUUGGAUCUUUGGUCUGCGUUGAGGGCAUUGUCACCAAGUGCUCUCUUGUGAGGCCAAAGGUUGUUAAAAGCACACACUUUUGUCCCUCAACUGGUGAUUUUACACAUCGAGAUUACCGAGACAUAACGUCCCACGCUGGUUUACCCACUGGCUCUGUCUACCCAACAAGGGAUGAUAAUGGAAACUUAUUGGUGACUGAGUAUGGGCUGUGCAAAUACAAAGAUCACCAGACCUUGUCUAUUCAAGAAGUGCCUGAAAACGCUGCUCCUGGUCAGCUUCCACGAAGCGUGGAUGUCAUAGCUGAGGAUGACCUUGUUGACUCUUGCAAGCCAGGAGAUCGAGUGGCCAUCAUCGGUAUUUACAAGGCUCUUCCAGGCAAAAGCAAGGGUAGUGUAAAUGGUGUCUUUAGGACUAUCCUCAUUGCUAAUAAUAUCAAUCUGCUCAACAAAGAAGCCAAUGCACCUAUAUACACCCCGAAAGACUUGCAGGAAAUUAAAAAGAUUUCAGCAAGAGAUGAUGCAUUUGAUCUCCUUGCUCGCUCCUUGGCACCUUCUAUUUAUGGGCACGCUUGGAUAAAGAAAGCAGUUAUUCUACUGCUGCUUGGCGGACUUGAAAAGAACCUCAAGAACGGAACCCACUUAAGAGGGGAUAUCAACAUGAUGAUGGUUGGUGAUCCAUCUGUUGCCAAAUCUCAACUUCUGAGAGCGAUCAUGAAUAUCGCACCAUUGGCUAUAUCAACCACAGGCCGUGGUUCUUCCGGUGUUGGGUUAACUGCUGCUGUGACGUCUGACCAAGAAACAGGGGAACGAAGACUAGAAGCUGGUGCAAUGGUCCUCGCUGAUAAAGGUGUUGUGUGCAUUGACGAGUUUGAUAAGAUGAACGAUCAGGACAGAGUUGCUAUACACGAAGUGAUGGAGCAACAAACCGUUACAAUCGCUAAAGCUGGUAUCCAUGCAUCACUGAAUGCUAGAUGCAGUGUGGUUGCAGCAGCAAAUCCCAUAUACGGAACUUAUGACAGAUCACUGACUCCAACAAAGAACAUCGGACUUCCAGACUCGCUGCUCUCUCGUUUUGAUCUGCUGUUUAUUGUGCUGGAUCAAAUGGAUCCCGGUAUCGACAGUCAGAUCUCAGAACACGUCUUGCGCAUGCACCGUUACAAAAACGAUAGAAGUGAGGCAGGGCCAGAUGGGAGCUUGCCAUACGCAAGAGAGGAAGAUGGUGAAAGUGAAGUGUUUGUAAAGUACAACCGAAUGCUACAUGGGAAGAAGAAGAGAAGAGGCCAAACAAACGAGAAAACUCUUACGGUUAAGUUCCUGAAGAAGUAUAUUCACUACGCCAAGCAUAGGAUUCAACCAGAGCUCACUGAUGAAGCGUCCGAACGUAUUGCAGAAGCAUAUGCAGAUCUCAGAAAUGCAGGUUCUGAUACUAAGACUGGAGGUACGCUUCCGAUCACAGCAAGAACUCUAGAGACAAUAAUCCGUCUUGCCACAGCACACGCGAAAAUGAAGUUGAGCAGAGAGGUAACUAAAGCCGAUGCAGAGGCUGCCUUGAAGCUUAUGAACUUUGCAAUAUAUCAUCAAGAAUUGACAGAUAUGGAUGAACGUGAGCAAAAACAACGUGAAAGGGAACAAACAGAACAGGAACAAACUCCAACUGGUCAACGAAGGGAUAAUGAUAAUGGAGAAGAGAAUGUCACUGCAAAUGUCGAAAGUGAAGCAGCAGAUCCAAUGGAAGUAGAUGAGCCUCCCGUAGAGCAAUUUAGUGGCACGGUGUCUGCAGCAAGGGUUGAAGCGUUUGAGCGAGUGUUUGGGCAGCACAUGAGGACAAACAGGCUCGACGACAUUUCUGUUGCAGAGAUAGAGACUGUAGUCAACAACAAUGGAGUUGGAGCUUCUCAUUACUCUGCAGAUGAGAUUAUGGCUCUGUUGGAGAAACUGCAAGAUGAUAACAAAGUGAUGAUCAGCGAUGGUAGAGUUCAUAUCAUUUGA